GCUCGCUCGCGGCUUGUGCUGCGGGAAGCAGAAGACGAGCCAAAGCGGAGGGAGGAAGACACGCGGGAGUCAAGGCAAGCCAUGAAAGUGGCAAAAGAGGAGGAGGAGCACAGAGUUGAUGCAUUGGAGUAUUUUAGAAGGCGGGCGGGCGGGCGGCGAGCGAGCGAGCGGCGAGCGAGCGGUGGCUUCACGAGGACAAAGUCGUCCGCGUUGUUGUGGUUGCUUGCCUCCCCGUCUCUAGCCAUUCUGUAGCCUGGCGCUCCAGACCUUCCAGCGAGCCAGCCAGCCAGCCAGCGGCAGCAGCAGCAGCAGCAGCAGCACGUGGAAGUCAAACAAGUGAGAGCGCAGACGCGGGCUGACAGGAAUGCCGCCAAAAGCCGGCAAACGGUACGACGGAGCCGCUCUGCUCUGCUCUCAUUGAUUUCAUUAGCUUCUCAUCUCACGUUUGUCACCCUCCUCCACUCCACCUCACCUCACCCACCCCACCCGACCGCUCGCUCGCUGGUUUGUAUUCCGUCCUCCCUCCCUCCUCCUCCUCCUCUGGCAUCCUCUCUUGCUCGCUGUGUCACACAAGCCGAAGCCGCCGCAGCAGCAGCAGACACUCUUCAAUGUCUUCGCGCUGAGUCGACAGCGCCGGAAGGGACCAACAAGUCGGCCGAGCGAACCUGCGCGGGGACACCUCGGGGGGGGGCCGGCGUGCUUCCGAGCCGAGCCGCAGCCAAAAGGGUGAUGAUGAGCCGGGUGUGGAUUUAGCCUUGAGCCUGGAGCUCCAUGUGGGCCGCAGCCCCGCAAGCCGGGCUGGGAAAUGACGCCGUUCCCGCGGUGGUAGGAGCCCUGUGGGCGGCGGUCAUGGCCCGAGAGGGGCGCCUUCACCCGUCAAGUCGGGCGCACUCUUUUGCUCUGCUGUCACGGACGCGCCUCCACGGCCUGAGGCAAGUGUGCGGCGUCCCCGGCGGGUCGCUGGGCCGAAGGGUCUUGUGGCUCCUGGCGCUGUGCGCUUCCCUGGGCCUGCUGCUGUCCUGGUCCUCCAACCGGCUGCUGCACUGGAUGUCCUUCCCCACCUACACCCGGGUCCACACGGAGUGGGCCAAGGAGCUGGCCUUCCCCGUGGUCACCAUCUGCAACAACAACCCCAUCCGCCUCUACAAGCUCACCAAGAGCGACUUGUACUUUGCCGGACACUGGCUGGGCCUGCUGCUGGCCAACCGCACCGUCCGGCCCCUGGUGCUGGACCUGCUGCAGGAGGACCGCGUGGGCUGGUUCGGCAAGCUGUCCGACUUCAGGCUCUUCCUGCCGCCGCGCAACUUCGAAGGCACCAACUUGGAGUUCGUGGACCGGCUGAGCCACCAGUUGGACGACAUGCUGCUGUCCUGCAAGUACAGAGGGGAACCUUGCGGGGCUCACAACUUCUCGUCCGUGUUCACCCGCUACGGCAAGUGCUACAUGUUCAACGCGGCCGAGGAGGGCAAGUCCCUGCGCAGCACCGUCAAAGGCGGCACGGGGAACGGCCUGGAGAUCAUGUUGGACAUCCAGCAAGACGAAUACCUGCCCGUGUGGGGCGACACAGAGGACACGGCAUUGGAGGCAGGGGUCCGAGUCCAAAUCCACAGCCAGGCCGAGCCCCCGUUUGUGCACGAGCUGGGCUUCGGCGUAGCGCCCGGCUUCCAGACCUUUGUGGCCACGCAGGAACAGAGGCUGAGCUUCCUGCCUCCGCCCUGGGGCGAGUGCGAGUCCAAGGCUCUGGAGUCGGGCUUCUUCCAGGCGUACAGCGUGACCGCCUGUCGGAUCGACUGCGAGACGCGCUACAUUGUGGAGAACUGCAACUGCAGGAUGGUGCACAUGCCUGGCGACGCGUCCUACUGCACCCCCGAGCAGUACAAAGACUGCGCUGAGCCCGCCCUGGCCAAGCUGUCGUCGGCGGAGAGCGGCGGCUGCAUGUGCCGCACGCCGUGCAACGUGACGCGCUACAACAAAGAGCUCUCCAUGGUCAAAAUCCCCAGCAAGACUUCGGCGCGCUACCUGCAGAAGAAGUUCAACAAAUCGGAGAAAUACAUCGCAGACAAUAUUUUGGUGUUGGACGUCUUCUUCGAGGCGCUCAACUAUGAAACCAUUGAGCAGAAGAAAGCCUACGAGGUGGCGGGCCUGCUGGGUGACAUCGGCGGCCAGAUGGCCCUCUUUAUCGGGGCCAGCAUUCUCACCAUCCUGGAGCUUUUUGACUACGCCUACGAGGUGGUACGGGACCGACUACUGGACCUCCUGAGUCGGGAGGACGAGGAGGAAGGCCGGCGACGGGAUGCGACUUCCUGUGACCCUGUGGCCAACCACUCGGAGUGCAUCAGCCACAGCGUGGCCGUGCCCCUGCAGGCCACCUUGGAGGAGAUUGCCUGCUGAGGCUUGGCUUGGCCUGGCCUGGCCUGGCCUGGCCUGGCCUGGCCUGGCCUGGCCCCGCCUGGCCCCACCUGGCCCCGCCUGGCCCCACCUGGCCCCGCCUGGCCUGGCCCCGCCACCCCCUCCCCUCCGUCCACUUUGAGGAGAGCCAAUCAUGAGACGCUAAAAAACCUCAGCCGAGCCAAAUGGGUCAGGGAGGGGCGUGGUGUGGCGUGGCGUGGCGUGGCGCGGGGUUCAGAGUUUGGAGACACACACCCGAGAAGCAUCCGUUGGUGGCUCAGCAGACACCAUAGUGAACAAAAACAAAGACUGAAAGCCACCAAAGCGCAUGCAUCACUCAUAAUGUGCCCGCCCAGCCGCCCGCCCGCCCGCUCACGUGAUGAAUGUACAGCUUCAACCUUGGAUUCCUCUUUCAGCUUUAAACGAAGAGACUAAUGGCUACUUUUUGUCGGACAAGGGAAAUAGAAAUUAGCCAGUGGAGACAGAAAAGAAACUUUCUUUUGAUUUGGAAUCAGUCCACCAAAGGCCUCAAGGGCGUACUCACACUAGGCAACAUUUCUUCUCCUCAUGUUGAUUUCUAUUAUGCGAGAUGGCAGAAUCAUAGCAUGAUGGGCCGGCCAUUGUCAUUGUUGAACAGCCUGGCUUUUUUUCCCUCAUUAUUCUGUUCUACCACUUGUGAAUGAUUGUGUCACUCCAAUGACACACGCAGACGUGAUGAGCAUCCAUCCAUUGGAAUGUUCUACCUGAGGAUUAGUCCUAUUGUGCAAGAUGGCAAUAAUCAAGAGUGCGGAGCCAUUGUGCCAUGAAUCGAAUGAUAGGUGAGCUAGCGAGAGUUGAGAAGAUUUCAAUUGUUCGGUCCACUUGUGUAGUGCGGUGGAGCAGUUAUGAUCGAACAAUGGCUGCAGAGAUGAGAGGAGCGAUGGCGCUAAUCAAACGCUCUGCUUUGCCUCUUUUUUAGCUGUGCAUUUGUGUUGUCAUUGAAUGCUGCUGUUUGCACUUUUUUGGACUCAAUGGAUUCUUUCUUCUCAUUUAUAUCGUGCACGAUGCUAGUUAUGGUACCAAGUGCCGUUACGAUGGCCUAGUGUGAGCACGCCCCGACAGAGGAACAGGAAGGAUCUUUGACAGGAUGCCCGCAGUCCCACUUAAAGUGAGUGGUGUGGCAAUGGCAGCCAGUGAACAAAAUGGUGAGCACGUCUUAAACCAAAACAUCCCUGACAACUUUUCACAAUUUUUUCCCCCCAAAACAAUAGCUCUGACAGAAUGUUUUUCUUCGUAUUGGUGUUGUUCAAAUAUGUUUUGAAGGUUUUACUGAGACACAAUGUUCUUCAGAGUUUUGGUGGACCGCUGCGCUCUGCUGCCUUGUGAUUGGCCCGUUGUGUCCUAAGCGGCUUAGAAAAAGCGUGCUUCUGGAAUACAGCAUCAGAAUACAGAUUUUUGUUUUUUUGUUCAAUUUCCACCAUCAAUCCCAGCAUGGUCUCUCCAUCUCGCUCGGAAUGGAUUCAUCACUGCACUUUUAAUUCUGAUUGGUCUUUCCCCCCUAACCCUAACCCAUGUGUCCGCUGCGCUUGACAGCCAGCGGCGUCUACGUGCUCCGCCUCGGCGCUACCUGGAACUGCUCGCCAUGCUCUGGCGCCGUUUUUGUGCCAAAGCGCCAACAUUGUGUUUGCGUGCGUGUGUGUGUGUGUGUGUUUUCAAUGUGAAACCAUUAAACAACACUUUUUUGUAACACGUGUCUUCUUCCCUUUGAUGUCAUUGGUGGUGAGGGGGUUUCCCCCGCACAAUUUUGCAGAUCUGAACUCUUGUUAUUUAUUUACAAUGGGAUAUCACCAAGAAAUUGUUAUCAAAACUUUGAAAAUGAUCUGUUCCAGGGCGUUGCAGGUUGCUCUAUUAUUUCUGGAAUCAUCUUACAAAAGCAAUAUGGACACUUUGAUUUUCAAUUUGUUGUUCCAAAGAGCAGAUGUGUCGCCACACAAAACUCUUCAUCCAUCAAGAAAUAAAAUUGCAAGCAACCAUG